AUGGCAUUUCAGACAAAUAUACUCCGUGAUGGGGCUUGGGUCACAACAACCGUCGACCUCAACACCGUUCUGAAGGGCUCUACUGUCGCUGCCACGCCCGCUGCCCCGCCACUCCCUACCGCGCCAGACUGUGGCAUUCUGACCAGAACCGUCAUCGAGAGUCCUAUUGCUCGAUGGGUACUGCCUGCUCUCUUGAGAUCGGCCCAUCACAAUGAUGUCGCCUUCGUGGGUGAUCGUUAUGUGAGCAUCAGUGAGCUGCGAAAGGAUGGCCAGCUUCAAGAGGUUCUCCGAAAGAACGACUUCGGCUGCCGCAUCCGCAAUGCUUGUGUGAUCGGAAACAAAUACGAGCGCUUUCGUGCCACUGCCGAUGAUGCUGGUGUCGAACACAUCAAGAGCGAAGACGAGGAUGAGGACACGCAAAUGGCCGAUUUCACCUCUGCUACUGGCCCUGGCGGCUCUCACGGAGUUUUGCCGCCGCAUCUAUUACUCCUCGUCCUCGAAACUGGCACUUUCGUCUUUCUGUUCAUCAGGAGAGACGUUCACGGCAGACUCCAAUUCGUCGCGUCCCCCUUCCACAAUCCCUCAAAGAGAAUGGGCCAUCACUUGGGUUUUCAUGUCGCGGUAGAUCCAAGAUCUCGAUACGUUGCCGUUGCCGACGCUCAGAAUAAGUUUGCCGUGUACGAGCUCGAAUCCAUGGAGGCCAUGAGUAGCCAAUACAUGCGUCAGAACGACAUCAGUCCAGUCAAGACCCAUCACCACCGAGCAGUCCAGGGAAUGAUUCUCAAGAUGGAAUUCCUCUAUCCUCGACCAGAAGACCAGCAUCACGUUAUUCUCCUCAUCAUUCUUGCCAAGGGCGACAAAUCAAAGAUGGUUAUUUACGAGUGGGAGCGCGGGGACAACCUAGGCGAAGUGUUCGCCGAGGAAAAGCGCGGUUAUCGCAUACGACCCGAGCAUUGCAUGCCGUUAUUGGUGAUCCCACUGACAGUGAGGAGUUCCUUCCUGGUGGUGUCUGAGAACGCCUUCGGCAUCUGCAAGGAUCCUCUGCAAGGACCUAUCGACAUUGAGAACCACUGCCCUUUUGAUCCCAAAGACCACCCUACAACUCGAUUUCACCACGGGACAGGCCCGCCGCUUUGGACAGCCUGGGAUAGGCCCGUGCGAAGAAGGGGCUACUAUGAUACGAAUGAUCACAUCUAUCUUGCUCGGGAGGACGGCGUGAUUGUGUUCUUUGAAUUCAAUUCAACGGAUGUUCUUGGUGUUUCCAUGAACGUUGGGGACUGCGAUUGCAACAUAUCCAGCGCCUUCACCACGAUGUACGACGCAUACUCCGACUUCGCCAUAGUUGCAGGAGAUUCGGGUCCGGGUUUGGUUUUUCAGCUCAAACCUCGACAAAGUAUAGUUCAAUUGGGUCCGAUCCCCAACUGGGCGUGUGCUAUUGAUUUCACAACCACAGAUCCAUUCUCGUCCUGGAAUCCCACGAGCGCACACAAAAGCAAGCCGGCUACAUCUUGGAAGGAACGGACGCCGGAUCAUUUAUUAAGCCCACACAAAAUAAUGUGCGCGUCCGGGAACGACCCUCAAGGCAGCAUCACCGAGUUACGCUACGGACUUCCCGCCAACAUCAUUUCGUACUUUGAGACGCACCCUACGAAGAGGGCGUGGAUUUUCCAGGCUGCUGAUACCACCUGGCCCUACCAAAUGCUCCUAACUAGUCCUGGGACAUCUGAUAUCUUGCUGGUAUCAGCCGAUCUUUCCCAGGCGGAAAUGGCCGAGCCCACCGCAGUACAACUGGACACGAUGUCCAGAACACUUGCAGCAGACCAGAGUCGUGACGGGACUAUCACCCAAGUUUCCGAGCGAUGUAUAACUAUUGCAAGCCCCAAUCAAAGUGCAACAUCAUUUGCGUAUGCCGAGUUCCAAGGCAUCGAUGGUGUAGUUGAGCAUGCGGCUGUGAGGGGCAACUGUGUUUGCGUAUCCGUGUUUUCCGAGUCCCAUUUUCAAAUCCAUACCUUCCGCGCCGACAACUCCGACUUAGCCCUUACGGAUACAUAUGCAGUGGACGGUGAAGUCACGUGUCUUUCACUGUGCUGCAUAGGCGGGUCGGAAUGCAUACUUGCCGGCUUAUGGCGAGAGAAUAGUUCCUAUCUGGCAAUAUAUCCUGCCGACGGACUGGAGAAGGCGCCCAUGUUGAUCGGCCUGGACACUGACGAUGAGGGACUGACUGCCCAUCAAGGAGACGCAAUGGAUAUCACACCGACAGUAGAACUCAUCAACAGCAUUGUGGUUGUGCAUGAGACAGCCCAAAAGACCAGUGUUGUUCUCGGAACCCGAAGCGGUCAUCUGAUAACGAUGCAGCUUAAUGGUGCUGGCCCCUAUGAUCGAAUCAUAAGGAGAGAAAGACUUGGUACCGUUGCAGCUGAAGUCUUCCCUGUGGACGCACCGUAUCUUCUCGGAGCUGUCAUGGCCUGUUGCAACGACGCAUUGCUUCUUUUGCGAGAUUUCGAGGCCAAGCGACCUGGGCAUUUUGCGACCAAACAUCGCGUCUGGGUAACUGACUUGAAGGAUCCGGCUACGGCAUCAGUGCCUGUGAUCUCGGCCACCUACAUACCUAUCGAACGAAGCAUCGCGAACCGUAUGCCACUUGUUCUUCUUUCUGGGGAACAUAUCUCGUUCACGGAGAUACAUCUUCAAGAAGGAUCAGUCCCCAGGCGGCUGCCGCUGCACACAGGGACCCCUGUCAAGGUACUGUAUUCGCAGACGCUGCAAUGUCUGGUCGUCGCGCUGCAAAUCGGAGACCAGCCGAAUAUCAUGUUCAUGGAUCAUGAAACAGGAGAAGAUAUAUCCCAUCCCAUCGACAGGAACACUGGCAACCCGACGACGUUUAUCAACGGAAUGGGAGGUCAUGGUGAUAGAAUCCUUGGGGUAUUCGAAUGGCUGUAUACCCAGGCCAGCAUGACUUUUCAUUACCUGAUCAUUACCACAAGAGGAGGACGGCUUGUGCUGGUUUCCCCGACGAAAGAUGACUACCGAGAUUCCGAGGGAAAGAAACGAAGGAGAAUCCGCUUUGUCACUAGGUAUAAGACGAAAGACACGGCACCAAUAUGCUCUGUGGUCGGAGACGAUCAGGGACUUGUUUACUGCGCCGGCAAAACGCUCUAUUGGGAAGUCCUCGACACGGCCGAGAAGAAGCUGGUUCGGAAAAAAACCUACGAGCUGAACUCGCCGGCGCUUUCACUGCGGAUAGUGAACGGCAAGGUGUGUGCGCUCACCCUGAGCGACUCUCUCGUGAUUGUAGACCACAAGUCGGAUCAUAAAAGCGAUGAGAUGGAGCUCAUUCAUAUGGACGAGACGACACGGAAGUCAAACCACUUUUUCGAUGUUGGAGAUUCCGCAGAUGGAUCGACAGCAUGGCCAAUAACACUGCUCUGCGGUAUGAACCGCGAUUUCGCAGCUGUUUGGACUCCCUGGCAACAGCGGGAUAGAGAACUGGAACUCGUCGCCGAGGGUUCACUCCCCGCUAGCGUCAGAAAACUCGGGCGCGGUCAUGUUCGGCCUGAAUGGGUGGCAACAGAGCAUGUGCCCCGAUAUGGAAGCAUACCCAGCACGUUGGACGGAGCUGAGGUGGUAGGCAUGUCGUUGGAUGGUUCGGUGAUGCAUUUCAGCCUGCUCAACAUGCAUGCAUGGCGUUUUCUGCGAUUUGUGCAGAAUCUCGCCUCGAGGAGUCAGUUACUUUUCCCUUACAGCUACGAGGUAUCACAGCUGGACGAUGAGGACUACGACGCAGAGGUGAAGGAGAUGCCCAAGUCGAUGAAGCACAUAGAUGGAGACUUGCUGCAGCGAUGCGCGGACAGAUUGGUGCUGGAGAAGUUGAUUUCGGAAGACAGCGAUAUCGACCUCUUGCGGGAGUAUCUGGAUUAUUUGGAUGAUGGGGUAUGGACGGCGUCUUUCCAGGAUGCCGCGGGCGUUUCCAAGUAUUUCGACUUGGCUUACGACGUACUGGAUUACUACUUGACUCCAGUUCUAUAA